AUGACAGCAGUUCCUCCUCCAAAUCAAGACAUUGAGUCCCUUUGUUAUUUAGAGACCAUGUUUGCAGAACAUGGUUUUGAUGACGGAUUUAGAGAUGGCGAAACAUCGGGUGAAUUAGAAGGACGUAUUUUUGGCUGCGAAAAAGCAUUUGAUCUAGGCAGAGAAAUUGGAUUUUACUCAGGAUGUGUAGAGAUGUGGACUGAAUUAGCCAGUGCUUAUCCCGAUAAAGUACCUUCUAGAGCAACGAAACAAUUAGAAGGCUUGAAGAAAUUGAUUGAUGAAUUUCCUACAUUUAAUGAUCAUGAUGUGGAUCUGUUCAUGUUGAGAGACAAGAUGAAGAACAAGUUGCGUGUCAUUAGUUCUUUAUUGGGUGUUCAACAGAAAUUCGUUCAACAAGAAGCACCCAAAAUGACUUAUUAA